AACGUUAAUUAGGCAUCAAUUCUGCAAGAAACUAGGACGUUCUUCCAUCGCCUUUCUUCUAGAGCCGAGAAAAUCUUCAAUUCUACGGUUGCCGGAAAUUUCGAAGAUGAAUCUAAGUCAGACGGCAAAAAUUACAAGGUGGAUUCUCCUGUUAACUAUGGUAGCGGGGUCCACGAACGGACAAUCUGCGACCAUGACAGGGCCUUCUAUCGUGAAGGAAGGCAGCAAUGCCGUCUUCACUUGUGAGACAGAUGGUACGAUUACUGCUGAUUUGCUCGUAUGGAAGGAAGGCAACAAUUUCAUUUUCAUCGGUUCUUUAAAGGUUUCUCCUUAUGAAAAAUUUGACAACUUCGUACCAUCGUCGGAUGGAACAGGACCACCGACCCUCACUAUCCAGAACGCCACGGUGGAAGACAGCGGUUCGUAUAGGUGUGGUUCUGUGGCAGUUCUCAGCAACACAAUCAAUUUCGCAGUUGAAGUGCAAUCAAAUGUAUCUCUGGUCUUGGAGACUUCCAUGGUGAACAAUACUCUUCUGUACCAGGGGACAUGCGAAGCCAUAGGGGCCAGCCCGGAGGAGCACAUCACUUGGAAAAUAGGAAACAUCACUCAGACUUUGGGCAUAGUGGAAACGGACCCCGAUAUUUCGCAUCAUCUCUUAUGGGAUAAAAGGAGCGUGUUCACAUUUUCAGCAAGUAAGGAGAAUUACAACAAGUUGCUGACAUGUUUUGUUAGCGGACAUGAGAUAACGGACUUUAACUGGCAGAAGUCAACCAUACUUGAUCUCCAUGGACCACCUACCCCUGAUGGCAUCAUUGCAAAUUUCAUUAUCGAGGGUUCGAAUAUGACCGUAUCAUGUGACCUGAAUGAAUCAAAAGGCCAUCCAACUCCAGCCGUCUCCUUCUUCUACAUCUUCCUCGAUGACGUUCUCAUCCAUAGUUCGAAUCACGCCGAGAAUAAUGUCACAAUCUCCAUCCCCGAUAAGUCUGCGAAAGUUACCUGUAUUGCGGGGAAUUAUCUCGGAAAUGCUACAAACUCCAUACUUUAUGAAGAGGAUGCCUGGAAUCCUUGGGACCACGUGACAAAUAUCAUGGAUGGGUUACCAAUUGCCCCGAUAUUUGCGGAUAUGUCCGGUGGAGAGGUCCUGAGUAUUAUCGUAUGCAUUUCAAUCAUCUUACUCAUAUCCAUCAUCGUAAACAUCGUCCAGUGGUGCAACCGUAAAUAAUUAUCUCUUAAACCCGUAAUCUGAAGUCAGAGUUAUCUUAGACCAUGGUCUCACUUUGUGCUAAAAUUAUGGAAAGCCAAAAAUGUCAAAAAUUUGUUUACAUUACAUGGUUCUAAUGAUUACCGUGAUCUUCCCUAAUUCCUUAAUGGAGAAGACAAUUAUCUUAUUGAUAUUCCCCAGACAGUUGAGAAUGAUUUCGGAGUCAAGUUAGCCGAUACAUUGAACUUCUAUUGGUAGAUUUUUAUGUCACAAUUGGCUAUCCAUAGUAAAACACAACUUUAAACCAGAGUUUGAAUUAAGCCGACUUCAGAAUACGAGCCUUAGAGUUUCCAAAGAGGUGCUAAGUCCAUUGAAGACAAAAUAUGAAUUAAUAAUCAGAACUGAAGGUAAAGUCACACCAGCGAAACCGUCUACAAACCGACCAAUGUUGAUGCUAUUGGAACUUACGUAAAUGCUAUUAAUCGAUAUGAAUACGGUUUCGCCUGUGUUACUGAACUAAUUUUAUAGCAAGAAAAAUUAAAAAUGCUUUUUUUUUUUUACUUUUGGUUGGAUGCCCAAUCUUUUUAGGAUAUUUAGUUUUAUUGUCAUUUCGCCUGUAAAUAAAGCUUUUAAAAAAUCUUGUUUUUUCAUACAUUAUGUGAUUUAUGAUGUACCAUUUUAUUGCUUCUUACAAUAAUUUCAUAUUUCAAGUGCAUAUUCAUGUUUAGACUAUACCAAAACUUUAUACAGGUUCAACAUACUAUGAGAGCAUAAUUCGAAUUAUGUCUCCUCCAUAUAACUUUUCAAAAGGAAGGCGAGUUUUCCAAAUCAGUUAUUAUUUAUCAAUACGUAAUGUGUCAGCAUACUAAUAAACUGUUUAAUCAGUAGCAAAACAGUAUUUAGAGUCUUUUUUUAACAGAUCUACAUACAGCGCGUCCCAAAAAAAAUGUCCCUCUGACAUAGGGCUGAAUUAAUUCUAAAAUGUGGUAGUAUUCUCAAAUAAAUGUUCAUGAGUGGAAAGCUCAUCUCCUGAUCUAACUUCUAUGAAAAUUUCAUUGGUCACGCUUCAGCGGUUUUGAAUACAAACUCUGUUACGUAACAGUGGUGCAUUUUAGCCCAUUCCAAGUUUGCAGCAUUGAUGCAUUUCUGCAUUGUGUAUGGCAUAUCAACUCCAAUUUUUACAUCAAGGAUCUGAGCAGGGACAUUUCCCUUAUCAUAUCCAGGCUCAUCAAAUCAUAAACUUUGGCAUGUUUAGAAGGAUAAGAAACAUAAAAAUUAAGAUUGUUUGAUGAUUGAUAAGGGGGAUAAGUGCAACAUCUUGGAAAGAAAAUGUGAAUGAUUGAUGAGUAAAAUAAGCUGAAAAAUAAAGGGUUAUCCACAAGUUAAUCACCCUUUGCAAAAAGGAACUUUACCAGAGAAAUAUUUGACUUUUUUAAAGUUACAUUGGAUUAACUUAACCACAGUAGCUUAUUAACUAAAAAAUAAUGAAAACAAAAAUGCAGUAUUAGGCAUGAAUUAGGCAUGAAACAGACAUGACCUGUUGUCCUAAUCAUUGUGCAUCUCUUGUUAUCAAAUGUGAAAUGAACUGUCAAAUAUUGUUUUUGCCCUUCUGAACAUGCUCAAAGUUGUGAUUUGACGAGCCUGGUUAGAUCAUGGAGAUUUCUCUGGUCAGAUCGGGGAAUUCCUUGGUCAGAACUUUCAAAGGGGGUUGAUAUGCUAGAAAGUGCAGAACACACAGCAGUGCUGCAUACAUGCAAACUUGGAAUGGGCUGAAAAGCACCACUAUUAAAUAAUAGACUGUGUAUUCAAAACCACUGAAGCGAGAUCAAUGAAAUUUUUAUAGAAGUUAGUACAUGAUAUGAGCUUCCUAAAUCUAUACAUUUCAUUGAGAAUAAUUUUAUAUUUUUUGAAGUAAUUUAGCCGCAUAUCAGAGGGACAUUUUUUUGGGGACGCGCUGUAUAGAAACUAUAUACGUGCUUCUGACUAUAACGAUGUAUUUUUCUCUAAAUAUAUGCAUAAUAUAUGUAAA